CAGCAUCCACCACAAUACGCCUCCCUCCUCCUUCACCGCGCAGCGCGUCAAAAGACUCCCCAGAUGCUACAUGACCUUGGUCCCGGUCAUUGUUAAAUCUUGGGGACGUCACUUGUGAAAAGUAACGUCUAAGUGCAAAACUGAUUGCCAGCGGAGACCCAUUCAUCAUCAUGGCUCCUCAAAGCAGUCCCGCCAAAGGUCUUCAGCAGAACCGCCCCCGUCCUACAGUCCCACGGCCCAUUAUCCCCGCCAUUCCUCUUCCCUAUGUCCAAAAGCGAAAGCAACAAGAGGCUGCGCGUGCCAAAGCACGGGAGGAAGCUAUGGCUGCAGCCGUUGUUGAUGCACCCACUUCUCCAACAAACGAAGUUGUCGAUCCCACCCCUCAAGUCACCAGCGAACCCGACCUCAAGGAACCCGAGACGGUAGAAACACCAGUUGAGCAAGCUGUAGCUACGACCCCCGAUACAGCCGGAAUUCCUGCAGCUCCUGCAGUUGAAGAAAUUGAAGUGGUUGAGCAGAACGCUGCUAUCGAGCCAGAGGUUGAGACCCACGAAGAAGUUGAAGCACACCCGCAAGAGACUCCAAAGACAGCUCCCUCCGAGACUCAGUCCAACGCGUCGCGCUCGACAUAUCAUAUGCCCCCUGCCUUCGUUCCCGCGAGCCAGACUCAAUUUGAUGGUGGCGGUGAUCCUGCGAAAUACCCUCUACAACAUACCUUCAACGGCCAACAAAAUCCCAUGCACCACGCUCAUCCAAGCACUGGCAGCAUCAUGUUUGCAGGUUACCCUGACUCCAACGCUUCGUCGCCUGUCCCACCUGGAUCUGGAGGCUUCAUGCCACCACCCAGCUUUCCAGUACAACAACUUGCGCAAGGACCAAGCCGCCAUGCCCCUCACCAGUCAAAUGGAGGUCAUUCUCAACCGCUCUCAAACGGCUAUUCGCCUAUGGGACCGCCCCCACCACCAGGUUACUACCAAGGCCAAAAUGGCUUCAUGAAUCAUGGCCUUCCUGCUGACAGUUAUGCUCGUCGUCAAUUGAUCAGCUUCGGACCUCCUGAGGGCUAUUCUCCUUCGGGCACUCCUCUUCCUUUCGAUGGUGGUGCACGUCACAACAACUUUGAUCAACAUACUCAAAGCUUCCAUGGCUCACAAUCUUCUGCUACUAAUGAACAAGAGAAUGGUCCUGCUUUCUACAGCCAAUACCCUACCGCAGUCAUCUCCAAUGGUAGCAACGGUCAUGUUGAUGAAGUCCGCCUCUAUCAACAACCGCGACCAAAGCCUCGAACUGGAUCUCAACCUGUUGCUGCUCCGAACGGCUUCGCGAACAUGCCACCCCUACCAAUGGGCGAUCAUCUCGAUGGUCUCAUUCCGUACCUGCAGGCACAAUUUGCUGAUCCUUCAUUCGCAGAUUACACCUUGGAGCUUCGCUACUCUGAUGAUCGCGCUCCUCCUGUUCGUGUUCCUGGUCAUAACCUCAUGUUCGCUCGCAGCCCAACGUUGAAGCUUCUCAUGACUGCCCAAGCACGCGACAGCAACAGUGAUGGUUUGACUGUCCGCACUCUUCUCGUUGAGUCUGAUGAUCGCUUUUUGCGUUCUGAUGGUUUUUGGAUGGCGGUCCAGCGUCUCUAUGGCUGCCCUCUUCUGGAGUAUGGACAUAUCACUACUUUGAACAAUCAUCAAGCCUCAUUCCCAGGACCAAUGCCCGGUGCUCCUCAAGACCGUUUCGAUCUGGCUCUCGGAUAUGCUGCAGCUGGCUCUCUUCUUCAAAUCCCGCCUGUCAUCGCCCGCGGUGUUGAAGUUGCAGCUCAUGUCAUCAACUGGGUCACUGUGGAGAAGGCAUUGGACUUUGCCAUUGAUGGUGGACUUGAUGCUCAAUGGACUGGCAACACCCAAGUUGACCAAAGCCACUCAACAAGCACUUAUGGCCCAGCUGUCAACAUUCUGAUCCAUAAUGCUCUGAAUUUCAUCAUCACUGCAUUCCCUGCUGGUUUCGAGCCUGACACUUCUGCUCCUGAGCCGGUUCGCAACCGUAGACUUCCCUUCAUCCAGGAGGCUCGCGGAACCGGCCAAAACCCACGCUUGAGCUUGAUCAAGUUUGGUGAUCACCCAAGUGAGGAGAGCACGAGGUCAAACAGUGCCAGCUCCAUUGCCUUCACACUGUCCAAGAUUCUACUCAACCUUCCGUUCCCCUUACUGAAAUACGUAUUGGAGUCGUCGCGCUUGGGUAACGUUCAAGGAUGGGCCAAUACCAACCUCCGAACCAAGGUCAUGCAUAAGGUCAUCGAAGAGCGCGAGAAACGCCGUCUCAAGGUGCUUUCUAGCCACGUUCCUAACGCUGACCGCAAGGCCAACUUCAAGGAGUGGGAGUCUGUUGGCUGGAUGGAGAUGGUUGUUCCACUCGAUGGUAACGACUCUACUCCAACCAUCGUCAAGGAAUGGGUCAACUUCACUCAACCUGAAAAUUGAUCCACCUUUCUCUUCACGACCGACAAAAAUAGGCUUUGGUAUGUUUGUCUUUCCGGAGCACAGGCGUUGCGCGUUGCAUAUAGGGUGUCCUUUUUCACGAAUUUCGUCGUUUUCCCAGGUCUACAGAACCCAGGCCAUCAAGCGUUGCUUCUUCAUUGCAUACAAAAAAGAGUGGAUUCUUUUCCCUCGUCCUCGAGGGCCUUUUUUCCUUCUGGCUUACAUAUUUUGAUGAGAGCGAAGAGCAUUGUACGCGUCUUUCCUUCGUCUUCGAGGGAAUGAUUGAUGAGGGAUGGACGGAAUGGCGGGGAGUUACAUAAAAGCAACGGAAACUCGUGCAUCGGUGGUGGCCCAUAUGACUUUGUAAUGACCGUAGACCCCCUAGGUAGCUGCGGAAUGAUAUGCGAAGGUUUCUACCUAUCC